AUGGCGACGGUGGCGAUACCAAGAGCCCCGGCGACAAAGACAUGCUCCGGAGUUGUAAACUCGCUGGGAAAAAGCAACAACGGCGGUGGCAAGGUGAGGGCGACAGGUACGGGUGAAGGUCGUCUGACGGAGCCGAGCCAGAGUCGGUCCAAGCCCUGGCGGAGCAACCUGAUUCUCCUUGCUCACGUCACCACGUCCGAUCCCGAUUCCGACACGGCGACACCAUCUCCGACUGCAAUAGUAAAUCUCGUCGCCGUUCAAAGCCUGCUCAUCGUCACCACGUCAUCAUCGUCCACAGCUUCCUCGCUCCGCCCCUGGGACCAUGGAUCUCCCAGAACACGGCGAAGAGACCACCGCUGGAUAGUGGUUUCGAACAACCUGUUCGCCGGAACUCGAAAUUUGAACACGGAGAUGUCGCGGUGA